AGUGCGCAUGCUUGACAAUAGAGGAAGUCAGUAAUGGUUUAGGAUGAUGUGGACGUGAAACGGCCGAGAGCAUCAGCGCGUUUUCAAGAAAGAAAAACAAUCUUAAAGACGGACUUACGGAUAUGAAGCGCGGUUUUUGAGAGGUGUCUGAGUUUCUCUGCACCGAGACAGAACACACCUACGGUCCGCGAUGAUGGCAGAAUGCGAUCCUACCGACGGCGAGCCGGAGAAAGGCGGCGGAUAUUUCACACCGGAGUCGAACUUUCUCGCGUCGGAGGUGCCCGCGGUGUUAUUUGAAAAGACCCGGCCGGCGCCGUCACCUUCACUAGGACUCUCGCUGAACCCCGGGGCAGCGGUCCGGAUCUCGAACUCGACGGAAAGCGUGCUGACGGAGCUGGAAGCGGACGGCUCGGGGGAAGAGGCGCUACUGUUACCGGGACCUGCCGUAAAUCUCUCACCCCGGGCUGGAAGAGACAAAAGGACGCGGAGGAACAGACACAGCUCAUCAUCUGAUAAUCUGGCAUCUCCAGCCACUCCCCCUCUUAAAUGACAGCCACUUUUCGUCAUUUUGUUGUAUAAUCUGAAUUCAACCGGGGAAAGUACGCACGAGGGACCCGUCUGCAUUAGUUUCCAUAGCAACCGCGUGUGGUCUGUUUCUGUUGUGCGCAGUGUUCCAAAAACCAGCGAAUGUACCUUUGGGAACUUUGAAAGGAAUUACAUUAAAAACAUUUUUCAGAGAGUGGAGAGUUUUUUUUGCCUUCUAUUUUACACACACGGAACAAGUUUUCAUGCAAAAGAAUAUUAAAACUAAAUAUUCUAAAUUUGCUCCCACACACAUUCUCUGUUCUCUGUGCUGUCAUUCCAUCUGUUUUAUCUCAG